ACUCGACUACUACAUGGCUAAAAGGUUUCUCGCAGCAAAACACGCGAAGCUGUCUAAAACUUGCAGAAGUAAAGCAUAUUAGUACUGCUGCAACAAUGCACGGCAGCCAAAUUACUCGCGAUUUUCGCAAAACCCCUUUCACCGUUUAGCGCCACAGGCGCGCACGGAUACGCGAUGCCGCCGCAGAACACAUGCCGCUAUGUAGUAGUCCGUGUAAACAAGCGGCGAGACACGAGUUGCACUGGAACCGCAACAAACACACUGCAGUCGGUGGUGAUCCAACGUCAGUUCAGCGUAUAUAUCGCGCGUGUUUCGGUUCGAGUGGCCGCCAUGCUAACCAGUUGACAUAAAUCACAUGGCGCGCGGAGUGAGCGAAAACGCGAGAGGUGCUGCGCCCAUUUGAAAACACAGGGAAGAUGGCUGCCGCUUCAGUGUCGCCGUCGGAAGGGUUGGAGGAGCCCAAAAAAACCUCGGCAGAGUCGGAUAAUUCGGCUGAGCUCGACAACCAGGCGGAGAAUUCGGAGGAUGCCGAGAACACGGUGCUGCCCGGAAAUCUGGUGGAGUCCGUGCUAUCGGAGGAACCAGACGCGCAGGAGCCGCCAGCCAAAUCGGAUGAGUCCAAGAAAUCGGAGAAGGCCAAGAGGUCUUCGGAGAAGGCGAGGAAGCCCGGGAGGACCAGGAAGCCGGAAAAGCCGAAGAAGGUGGUGGUUAUAAAGCCUAAGAAACCCAUCAAGCCGAAGAAGCCGGAGAAACGUAAGAAGGCAGACAAGAAGGCGUCCUCCGCCGAGUCCGAUAAGUCGGCCGAGAGCGCGGCAGACAAGCCGGAGAGACCGAAGAGGUCCGACAAGAGCAAGAAGGCGGACAAGUCCAGCAAGAAGCCCGAGAAGCCUGUCAAGAAGAAGCGUGAGAAGACACCGGAACCCGAGCCGGAGCCGCUGAUCAAUCCCGCGGAUUACCGCUACCGUACCAAGCCGUCGUUCUACCCGCUGCAAGCGAAGCAAGUGGCGCUCAACGUUCUCGGCGCGCUGAUAACCGAGACCAAGAAAGGGAGCACGACGAGCAUCUACGAGCGCGCGGCGGUGCUCACGGGCGUCAGCAUCCGGGCCCUCUUCAAGUGGGUCGCCGAGCACGAGAGGAACGGCCACGUCCUGACGCCGCAGACCAAGCUGCGCGGCGGCAAGGGCAAGAAGCGCAAGCGGAGGAACGCCGACGGCAUCCUCGUCACACCCGAGGAGUACGAGCGGGCCAAGGCGCUCGCCAUCGUCGCAGAAGGCGGCGACCCGUCCGCGCCGCCCAAGAAGAAGCGCAAGCAGUCCCCCAAAAAGAAGCGCGACCCCAACGCCCCUCCGGAGUCGGCCGACGGCGCGCCGGCCGCCCCGAAGCGCGUCAAGCGCCCGCCGGGCACCGGCUCCCCGCGCAAGAACGCCAACAAGGACCCGGCGGCCGUAGCAGCGGCCGCGGCUGCGGCCAGAAGUGUGCCGGCGGCGAUGAUGCGCCCGCCGACGGACGUGCGGAUGGCGGCCGCGGCCAACAACGCGAUGGGCGCGUACGGCUUCCCGACGCCGUGCUUCGACGCCCGGGAGUACGCGGCCCGGAUCGCGCCCAUGAUCCGGCCGCAACUGGACGUGCGUACCGCCGUCGGCGACAACGGCGUGGGCAGCUGCAGCUACGCGUCGCCCCGGCCCACGGUGGCCGCCGACGACUUCGGGGCUCGACACUCGCCGGUGAUGCGGCCGGACGGUGGCCGGCCCAGCUGCGGCUACGCGUCGCCGCCCGCGGACUUUGCGCGGCACUCGCCCGUGAUGCGGCAGCAGCAGCAGCAGCAACCGUCGGACGUGCGACCGCCGACCGACGCGAGCAACGGCAUGGUGAUCGCACCCGGCCGCGUCGACCACCGGGAUUACGCGGCGAGGAACUCGCCCAUCAUGAGGCCGCCGCCCGACAUGAGGGUGGUGAACACAGCGGAUGCCAACAGCUGCAGCUUCGCGAUGCCGCCGCGCGCCGACGUCAGAGACUACACGGCAAGGAACGCGCUGGUGAACCGUGCCGCGACGCAGGCGAGGCCGGGCGACGGCUUCCUACGCAUCGUCGACGUACGGCACUACGACGAGUCGCAGGACAUGGUGAAUGCGGCCGUGCACUGUGCCCAGCAGCAGCAGCACCAGCAGCAGCAGCAACAACACCACCAGCAGCAGCAACACCAGCAGCAUCAGCAGCCACAGGCGUUCACGCACGACAUGACUGGGCGACCCACCGCAACCUGAACCAUCGUGCAGGAUGUUGGCAGGUAGCAGACGAUCGCAUUCACUUUCUUCCUCACUGCGUGUAGAGACACAGCACAUUUUAAUGCCAACGAACAUCACAUCAUCAACAUCGGUGAAUACCAUUCUGUGUCCGUGAGUUGUUGCUGUCACCAUUCUAAAAGCCUGUGUGCAUCAUGUGGCUUCUGUAUGGAGUGCGUGUGGUUUAAGAAUGCUCAUUCAUUUAAAUGUCAUGCAGGGUUUGCACUUCAUAUAUGCAUCACAUGUAGUGGGCCUAUGGCAGAGAUCUGUCUAUUGUAUAACACAAAUUCACAAGUAGCAGCUAUUCCCUGUAGAUUUCAUUACACUUUUUUUUUACUUUCUAAGGUAAACAUGUGGGUCUUUAUCAGACUCCCAAAACUCUGUGUGAAACAGCUUAAGUGCACGCAUGUACCUACUUCCCUGCAGUGACCUUUGCAUCCGCAUUUUUACUGUACUGUCGGAAAACGUCACGAGCUUGGGCGCAUGGUACGGAGCUGUUCUUUUCUUGCAUACUGAUUGCUCUUUGACUGAGGAGUUCCUUGUGCACAGCUACUGCUCAUUUGGCUGCAGUAGCACAGCUUCAGUGUUUGGCCUUCAGAUUUGUAGCGCAUGAACAAUUACCAGUAUGGCCACAACCUCCUCACUUAAUUUCUUCAGUGCUGGUCACUUUGUGUAAGCCUGCUCGCAUGUUGGGCGUGACGCUGCUGUAUGAGGGCGUAAUGGGCCAGGUUCCUAGAGCAGCAGCUUGCCUGAAAAAGUAACGGUGAUGUUGCAAUUUAGAAGUUUGUAUUUGCUGUAACUUUACGUUACCACUUGAAGGCCAACUGCGACGAAACUUCCCUUUGUGAAAUUUGGUUAUAAAUAGGUAGUAUAUGCUAUUGCAAAGCAACCUUGGCAAGGCUGCUAUAGUAGGAUACAACUUAAAAAAAACAGCAGUUGGCAACCAAGGCACGUAGACUGCGCCAGGUUGUUACUCCACCAGCCAAUCACAGAAGCAGACAAAAUCGUUGUCAUACGAUCAUUUCAAAAUGGCUUCUACUUGAUACCUCCGGUGUGUCGACUGUUCUUGAAGAGUCUUCAUUGGCGGAAGCAACGAGGCGUACAACAGACACGGACAAAGUGUAUGAAGUCUGAGCAUUUCACUCUUCAAAAGUACGUGAUACAGUUGAUUUCACUGCUGACCCCAUUUUACUCACGAAACUUCACUGCCAACUGAAGUGAAACUUGACAAUAAAUAGUUGCAGCAAAGCAAGCAUUUUAUUUCAGUUCAAUAAACAAUUGGGCUUUCACCGUUCUGCUAUAUUAUACAAGUGAAAAUGUACAAAAUUACGCGCUUAUAGUUUUAUUUUUGUAGUUACUGCCUUAUUUAGGUAACAGGAAAAGUUAGAAGUACGAACUAUUUGCAGCCUCGUGGAGGAACAGUGGCUGGUGGUUAUGAGCGCAUGGGCGGGGCUUCGCUGCAAACUUGAGUUGUAUCCGACUAUAGGCUGGUAACGUUUUUUUUCGUUAACCUUUAAGCAGACCAAACAUGCACCUAGUUGUUAAUGGAUGUGAUGAUGGAAAGCUUAGCAUAUCACCUCUAAGAAUUUCUGCGUGCUGCGAGGUGGAAAAUUCUCAACGUAAUUUUCAAGAAGCCAAGCUAGUUCUCGACACUUUUGGUUCUUUCCAGCAUGUGGGGAUGUCAGCACUUUUCUCAGUUAUGAUAUGAAUUCAAGCUUUUCGUGUAUCAUCCAGUUGUACUUUAAGCAUAAUAUUUUGCAUAUAUGCUGCUUGAUGUAUCUACACUAUCUGAAACUACGCUUUUUUACGCACUCCAAAAUUUCGUUGCAGUUGGCCAAUAACCAUAUUCUUGAUUGCCAGUCCACCAGUUGCUUCUGAUCUCCAACCGUUGACUGUUAUUCUCUGCUCGUGUGAUGGCAUGUGCAUUGACACCAUGUGUACAUAAUAUGUUGCAUGCAACCGAGAAAGCCUAGACUCGAAAUAUUUCGUGGCAAAACAUAGGCUAGUUUGUGACAGUAUCACAGACAAUGAAGGAGAGUGCUUCUUCCUCUUGUAUUGUGCAGUUUCCAUGAUUCCCAUUUUGUCUUGCACCUAACUUUUGCAAAAAAAAAAAGAAAACACAGUUUAAUUGUGAUUUGGGGAGAGUAGAGCUCCCACUUCAUUGUGAGCUUUGUUGUGGGCUGGCUAGCAGUUUGAGUGGCAAAUAUCAUUUCCAAGUGCAGUAUUCUUACAGUUUCCUUUAGUAUUGCCUUCUGUGCUGUUCUUGCAACAACUGUUGGAUGAUUUGGCUUAAAUAGAUAAUUUGCCAUUGAACUUGCUUUUUCUCGAAUUGCCCUGCAACUACUGUUAAUUGAGGUUAACGUGUAUUGAGAUUUAUUCUAAACAUGACUAUUUUAUUAGCACAGUGAGCCCCUUUUUGGCAUGACCUAGAUCUAGCAGAAAUAGGCAUAUCAUCUGUACUUGGAAAUAUUUAGGCAAACUGUAAUGCUUAUGUAGGUGUAUUCCUUCACUGAUUCACUCGUUUGCACCACAUUUGUCCACAAUGAGUAUUGGCCCUUGCUAGUCUUAACAAAAUACUUUGGCAUGCCCAAAACAGCCUAAAUACGGCAGCAUCGUCAAUGUGCAACUCCUUGCUUUAAUUUGGCAGCAUGUGUCCAUAAUGUCACAAUCUAAACCUGACCUAACAUGGUGAAGUUGAAAAGUGGUGGUGAAGUUGAUCGACAUAUAUAGGUACACCAGGCAAGCUGUAUGAUUCUUUUAGCCACACCUGUGAUUGAAACAUUAUGCCACUCGGUGUAUCACCAGAAUUUUCUUCUCUUGCGGAGAAAAAAGAAAACUUGUGAAUCGGUAUCAAAACCAUUAAAGUUAGCGUUCUUAGAGAGAUUGAAAGUGCCAGAGUUUUUCUUGUGUAUUCUUCAGAUUUGAUAACAUUUAUACAAGAAAAAGUAAACAUAAAAUAGGUUAUAAAAGAAUAAAAGGAACAAGCAUUGCAGUAAAUUAUUUAGGGCACUGUGACACUUCCCUGUACUUUUGAUAUGAUUUAGAUGGUUUGGCCCUUGAUAUUGUAAUGGCCGGGGAGCAAGGAACAGCCACAACAAUAGUACGUACCAGACGACAGAGUGCUUUGGGCCCCACCAUUCUUGUCUGGCGUUUCCUGCUGUGGCUGUUGGCUGUGCACGGCACAUUGCAAGUUGAACGAACACCAACUAGCCCAAUUUCUCGCUGUAAUACUUAUAGACCUUUAAUUAACCCUUUCUGGACCGAUUACAAGUAUAGUCGUCCUGAGAAAAAGUACCUUGCAGUGUGCUUAAAUGUUGGUUCUUUACUGAUUUUUAUUUACACACAAUAAAUGGGGCAGGUAGAGAAAAAAGCCGCGCAGACGUGGUUUGAGGGACACUCAACCCCCUUGGUUGCAUAAAGCUGCAGAGAUUCACACACUUUGCAUAAUAUAUAAAACAUGGAAUGCAAGAGAAAUAAAGUAAUGGAAAGAAUUGUGAGUAAAUCUGUGGCUUUGUUCUAGCUGCAGUUUUUGACACUAGAUUGCCUGUGUCUAGCCUUUUUCUUUAUUUUUGACUGCUGAAAUGCACUGAAAAGUAGGUAAAAUGUUUUUAUUUUUUUUAUUUCCGGCGGUAUGAAGAAGGUUAGCAGAAAAGAAAUGACAAGUGAAAAAUGGCAUGUUGGUACUCUUAAGGCUGUCAGGUGUAAGGAAGGCAUAUAUUAGGUGCAUGCACUGAUUUGGUUUCUGUGUUUUGUGCAUCACCAUUUUUUUCAAUGAGGAAACAUACUUCGUGGAUAAAAGUGAGCUUAUUUGGAACGGUGGUCCAGCACCUUGCUAAUAAACACUAACAUGAGGUAGCUAAGGUGCACUAACACAUGUAGAGCAUUCCUGACUGCAUGCUUUGGAAUAAGAAUUGGAAUACACUAGGAACAGGACCAAUUGUACAAAAUGAAGCUGUCGCAUGUAUCUUCAUUGUGGCACUGUGUGCAAAAAAGAAAUGUAAAAUGAGUUUUCAGCUCAGUGAAAACAGGUGAAAACAACAUGGAAGGCAAUGCCCACUAUGUAAAUUCUUUUACGCUGCUACCCAAAGAGUUGAGGGUGAGAAUGCUUUUUCUUAAUUUGUUAUUUGUCUAUUGUUCAUUGCUGGUCUGAUGAAAGGUAGUUGUGUGUGCAAGUCCUGCAUGUCAGCAUUGCUCAGUGCCACUUCUCGUUGCUAGCACGCAGCACUGUGCGCUUAUUGAGAGUGCAAUUCCAUUGAAUCACAAGCGACAAUGCCGGGUUGAUGUAAUGCAAUUCCUUUUGCUCGAUUGUAUUUUCUAUCGUAUACCGCUUACAAAUGGCUGAUCGUGGUGGUAACAUUAGCAGAGCGCCACUCUGAUCACUGACAAAGUGCAAAGAGGACAUAAGAAUGGGAGUAAAGGCGAUGCAUUAAUUCAGCCUUGAACUUGUGAGUUGCAGCUUUUUCUGUUUUGAAAGCCAGUAAUGGCUUUGUGAAGCCCACGGGACUUAUCCUGGUGUAUUUGUUGUGUUGCAAGUUGUAACUUUUCAUUGUGCAGUCUCUGUCCAAAAAUUUGUUGUGCUGUCACUCCUCUUUUCCACAUUUAAUUCACAAAUCGGGUAAUGCAAAAGCAGCAGGACUGUCAUUGCCCUAAGUAAACUUCCGCUAUAAGUGCAUUAAAGGGAUGCUAAAGCUAAAAAUAGGCUCAGCUGUAUUAGUAAAUUGUGCUUCUAUAAUUAAAAAAAAGAUCUACAUGUACCAUGAGAGAGGGCUUGGUAACCCAGAAAAAUGUGAAGAUAAAAAAAUUGGUGGCAGCGGCGCCUUGAAGUUUCUGCACGAACUCACCAUUAUGUUGUUGCUCAGUGGACCUAGUUAAAUUUUUCAUUGGUAAAAAUGGACUACAUUGUGUCCUAAAGGAGCCGAAGACUAAACAUAGAAACUGUUGAGAACUUCUGCUGAACCACAGUAGUUGAAACAAGAAAAUGCACUUAGCGAGAACCUCAAGUCUGUCCUAGGGGCAUGGUUUUUUGUUAGUCACCAUCAGUCGCAACCUCUAACUUUAUUGUCUGUUUGUGAUGUUUUACUGAGGUUUCACUAUCAAAUAAAAAAAAAAAAUGUGGGAGUUGGUUCUUCACCUUCUCCUCUGGUAAAUGAAUGAAUUAAUGAAUGAAAUUAACGAAAGCAGUUUUGGAAAAAUACUUUAUCAAUAUAAGCUUAUUUAGUUUUUCUGCAUUGACUGCUGGCACCAUUCAGGAAAAAAAAAAAAAUUGGAAGCCCACCGAAAAAACUUUUUCAGCCAUGCUUAUGGCCACUACACUGCUUCGUCACUAACACUUUUCGUUUUGUUGGUGAGUUAACCGAUAAGAAUUAACUUGUGCGAUUGAACAAUGAGGUUAGUAAAACAGGGGCGUUGUGUCAAAGCUGCGCUUGGGCGCUUUCUUGUUAAGGCUCUGAAAUAUUUUGCUGGCUACUGAAAGUAGGGAACCGAUCUCAUCGCCUUCAAAGCACAUGCACACGUGCCUUGCUGGCGCCAUUAACCAUGCACGUGAGUUUGAGGAAUACCUUGAGGGGAAGGCCCAGGGCAAUGUGGGUUUUUCCAGUGUAUUUUGGAGCCCACAUUUAUUGUAGGAUCCUCUAUUGCCUCCCUGUGUCGUGACCUCGCCCUAUUUGCCGCUUUAUCCACUAUGACUACAACUGGAGACAUCCUUUGUAGCAGCAGGGACACAGUGAAGGUCAUGUUGAAAUUGAUUAACUGCUAUCAGCACGCAGGUUGGAAUUGAGAGUAUGACGAAAUGUGAUGAACGUUGAAGAUCAACACCAGCCACAAAAUAUUUAAUAGGGCAAUGCUUCGGCUUCAGCGUGGGAGCCUGGGUCACAAUAAAAUUAAAAAGCAACAAAACAGUUGCCUAAGUACAUUGUCUCAAUCAGUCACAUUACUGCAACAUGCCUAAUUGACUGUUUCAUCACAGUUUUUAUCUCGUGAACAAGGCUCCCAUGAGGGAGCCAAGAAAUUGCUCUACUGUAUCAUUUGUGGUUGGUGUUUGUCAUCAUCUUGCAUCAAAACACACAUUAAUUUGGCUCAUAAAUGUGUGCAUGUGUGCUUCCAUGUGUAAAAAGUGUGUUACGCAGUAAUGUUGCUUUCACUUGUGUGGUCCACAGUGACUGCAAGUUGAGCAGCUUGUGCAGAGAACUCGGUAGUUUUUAAGGAGAGCAACUCUUAAGUUGUAACCCUGUUUUUCUUGUGGCCAUAUUGGCUAAGAACACAUCUUGCUUUGUAAAUUCAGCUGUAAUAUUUUUGUGGAAGCUGCAUGUAUAACUGGUCUCACGCGGAUGCUUUACAUUAACCUUUCUUUGUUUAUACAGUGUGCAGCCUGCGCACUUUUCAGUUUAAACAUUUUCAACAUGCAGUCCUCACUGCAGUCAACAGUGUUUUGUAGUGUGCUUGGCCAUCUUGACGUGCCUCCGUCAGUAUAUUCUGAUUUAAUGUGCGUGUUUGGAGUAUAGCUUAGCGUUGACUCUGCGUUUAUGUUCAUAUGUAACUGUGUCGCGGCUCUUGUCUGCAUCCUCUUGGCUUUUUCCAUUGUGCUAACGAUGUAACUUUUGUCAUUGUGAAAGGUGUGUUUGACCAAUGAGUGCUGUGGACACCAAUGACAGGGGUUGCACAAGAGCUAUGUAUGCAAAUUUCUUAGCGCCAAGUGCUUGUAUUUUGUGAGGUAAGCGAAUCAAAAGUAGGUUAGUGCUCAGAGUCGUCCGAGUGAAAGAAGCAGCAGUUUUCUCGCGAACUUUCAAAACAUUUGCCUGCUUGAGUCGAAGUAGAAAUUUUAAUUGCAAGUAUUCAACAUGUGGCAAGGAAAGAAGCCUGUGCUGUGUGGCUGAACAGGCAAGGUGUACAGAAGAGCUGCGGAUUGGGCGAGUUGGUGUUCCAUGGUAAUAAAAUUCAAACAGCGCUAGACGACAAGACCAGAGAGAGGAGGAGACAAACACGGCGCUGUGUUUGUCUCCUCCUCUUUCUGGUUCUGUCGUCUAGCGCUGUUUGAAUUUUAUUGUUACCCAAGGUGUACAGAACGGAUCGUGUGAUGUGUAUAGUAUCAAUCAAAUGCAUCAUUCAGGUUUAUGGAUGACAAGAGCAAUUCCUUGCCGUCAGCAUCAACUGACCUCCCCGGUCAAGAGCAUUCCUUGGCACUUUCACAACACUGCUUUAAAUAAGGUCAACCUGGUGCCCCUCUAUGUAGGCGAGUUUUUUUUUUUUUAUACAGUUGUGUUUGUGUUCAGGACUUGCUACAAACCUUAAAACAUAUUGCACCAUGAAACGUAUUUGUUUACUUUCAUCGCUGUUCUUGUACCUCAGUGGCUGUGUUCACAGCUAUGGAGAUGACUUUGCAUAAAUUGCCUCUGAGGACUCUCUUGUAUCCAAGUUUCUUUGUGGAGAUGCUACUGCAAGCUUCCAUUAGAUGCUGAUGUCGUGACAAAUAAAGAUUUACUUUGAACAGUA